GUGAUAAGUUAUCAGUAGGUAUGCCUUUUUCCGUGUGCAUCAUUCGUUUUCAGAGUACAUUGUGUGUCUUAUUCAGUCUAACAGCGGUUUUUAUUUAGCGGUCUUAUAUCAAAAAUAAUGUAGUGUUAACGGUUUGUGCGCGAAAUGGGUCGCUGUACUCUAUUGUUUGUGUUGUUCGCGCUGGUCUUUAUACACACCGGUUACUGCGGAGAGGAGUGUUCCUCCUGCGAGGGCGAACAGUUCGAGUGCAUCAAUGGAAGGUGCUACUGCUCUAGUGGAUACAUACCGGAUUACCGACACUCAAAUUGCGUAAAAUGUCCAGGUUUGGGAGAAAAAUGUUACGGGCCAUGUUGCGGAGCUAUUGACAACGCGACGCUACAGUGCUGGCACGGUGUUUGUCAGUCCUGCUACGGAUCUCAUGGGAAUUGGAUAUGCAGCGAUUCUAUGGACCAAUUAUUACUGGUAUCAGGUUCCCAAAUAGUAAUGGCAGUUGCACUCGUACUUGGAAUCGUCGCCACUUUUACGUUAUUGUAUAAACUUUGCGCAGUUUCUCAGUUAAGGCCACUAGAUAACCCUACUGAAGGUAGGUUAUCCAUCGGGAGUCUUCAAAUAUACGUCAACGAACGCCUCAGAGAUGCACCACCAAAAUAUUCAUCGGCAGCACCAUCUGGAUCAACGAUAUAUCCAGCGUCAGUUUAUCAUAAUGCUGGAUUUGUUCACGACAAUAGUCUACCUCCGCCUCCGUAUACAGCCGAACAAAAAAGCGAAAAUGAACCGGACAAUGCCCCCACGUUACACAUGUGACAACUGAGGACUGUAAAUUGAAUAAAAUUGUAAAAAAAAUAGAUUAAGUACAACAAUUUGUAAAUUAAUAUUUUACGUAAUAUCAUUAAUUAUGAGUAUAGGUUUAGGAGAGAAAUUGAGGCCAGUUCAUCUGAAAACAUGAUAAAGUACAAAAUUUUAAAGUGGACUACUAGUAGUAAAUAGUAUAGUAGCUAUUGAUUCUUUGAAAAUUCGUUGGUGUAGUAGUUAGAAUGUUCUACUAAUUGUCUGUGUUUUGGAUAGGGGAUCCUCAAAAACUGUGUGUUGGAUUUUUCCAUUAUGAAAUUCUUUGGACCUACCAGCCCGGAGUUAGGAAAUUUCUGCUGUCAUCUCCCGUGCCUGGAACCCGCAUUUGCCCAAAAAUGGGGUGGGAUGUGUAUAUUUUUAGUAAUAGGCAAUUGAUUUCCAUAACGGAAGUACCACAGUUUGUUCAUAUGUUAAUGAGGGUGAAGCAUCCUUUUGAUGUCUAUUUGGUCAUCUGUAUCAGGAGGUUUUGCUUAAGAAUACAUUGAUUUAAUAUGUUACUAUUCCAUAUAAUGUGAUAUAGUACUUGUUACGUAACAAGUAAUAUGGAAUUAAAUAUAAGAUUCAGAGAAUCAUUAAAUAUACAUGUUAUAUUAUAUUA